AUGGCCUUCAACAGCUUUGGCCGUCUCGGAGGAGGCGCCGGUGCUGUGGCUGGGGCGGGUGGCGGACAGGCAACGCAAGGCCAGGAUCUCGAGCUGAUCCAGACUGAGGGCCUCGGCUUCCUCAACCUUGCCGGUGAGACAAAGCUCCAGUUCGUUACGAAAUGGGCUGAACCUCCACUACCGACCGCGUCUCUCAUCAGCGUCGCGUCGCGCAAGGGCCUUGUUGCAGCAGCAGGCCCCGACGCUGUUCAUGUCGCGACCACCGACUCCGUACGGAAAGCCAUUACGGCUGAGGGCAGCGGUGGCGACGACAGCGACAUCCGACCGUUCACGCCCCAGUUCAAGAUUCCCAUGCCGAUGCGCAUCUCCCAGCUCGCAUUUACUGCUGAUGAAGCAUAUCUCAUUCUCUCAGCCGAGACCGGCGGUGGCCUGGCUGUAUACGACGUCCAAGCAACUGCUCAGAGUGGCAGCACGCAGUCUGCGUUUGAAUUGUCAACCAAUGGCGAGACACUCCGUUCUGUUGUGGUUAACCCGAUGGCCGAUAAGGCCGAACUCUGUGCACUGGUGACGGCCAACGGCAGUCUGCUUAUGGCCGACCUGAAGCAACGCUCACUUCGCAAUGGCCCGAGUGGCCAGCCAGUCCUCCGCUCGCAGGUGAGCUGUGCUGCUUGGAGCAGCAAGGGCAAACAGCUCGUUGCUGGCUGUGCCGAUGGCUCUUUCUACCAGAUGACGCCUGACGGACAGGAAAAGGCGCACAUUCCCAAGCCGCCUCAGCUGGGCGAUUACUACGUAGCGUCCAUCUCGUGGCUUGAGAACGACGUGUUCCUCGUCGUGCACAACCCAACGACGCCGGGCGAUCCGUCCGCCUACCACCUCGUCACACGGAGCAAGAACGGUACCUCGUCCGACUUUGUGUAUCAGAAGCUGAACGACCCUGUCGAGCCUUUUGGCGACAAGACACCCCACCACACCGUUCUUCGUCUGCGCGAUUUCCCACCAAAUCUGCAGGACGUACUGCUGGUUUCGUCGACGGCUGUGGAAAACAUUGGCCUGAUCACCCGGUCGAAGUCACCGCUGGCCUCGAAUGUCGCGGCCGAAAAGAUCACCAACGUGUUCACAACUACCGAGCUUGCAGACGACUCGAGACGUGCACAACUGCCAAUGUCUGCCGACUACAACGAUACGUACCCGAUCGGUGUGGCUCUCGAUUUGUCUAGUACGGACAAGGUCCACAAGCCUAUCCCCACCGAUGAGAUGGACGAAUCCCCCGGGCCGCUUCCAGGCCUUUGGGUGCUCAACAACGAGGGUGUUCUCGUAGCUUGGUGGAUCGUUUAUAACGAGUCCAUUCGGCAAGGAACAACGUACCCUGGCCUGAUUGCAGCUGGCGGGGCAGCUUCUGCACAGCCAACUGCUGCUUCGACAACUCCGACCGCGUCUGCGUUCUCUUCGCCCAGGCCGUCAGCGCCUGCUUUUGCAACAAGUGCUACACCGGCGAGCCCUGCACCGACUUUUGGCGGGGCAGCGGCCUUGGGGUCCAGCGCCUCCCCAUGGGGUCGGGCAUCUGGCGGUACCUCUGCCGCAUCCCCUGCGCGGGCACCCGCUUUUGGCGCGCCUUCUGCGCUCGGCGGCUCAACCCUCGGCGCUCCGUCUGGCCUCGGCGCAAAGUCCUCUCCAUGGGGCUCUUCCGCUGCUGCCCCGGCAUUUGGCCAGUCCAGCUUCGGUUCUGCGUCUGCUGCGGCUGUUGCGCCCUCCAGUGGCGGCUUCUCUGCCUUUGCAAGCAAAUCCAACGCAUCGCCAUUUGGAAGUGCUGUGACCUCGUCCGAGAAGACGUCGAGUGCCAAUCCCUUCGGUGCCUUUGGUGCGACAACCCAAACUGGAUUCGCGUCUCUCGGCGCAGGGACGUCGAGCGAUGGUAGUAUUUUUGCAUCAUCGGCCGGGAACAAGGGGUCGCCAUUCGCCAGCACCAAUGCCACCAGCGCCUUUGGCGCCCCUAGCACUGAUACCAAGAACACACUUUUCACAGCCCCAGCAGACAAACUGAGCUCAGCAACGGGAACAUCCGCAUUUGGCUCGACUCCCUUCGUCUUAGGCACGACGUUCAAGGCGGAUCCGGCCACGGCAAACGAUAAUGAGAAGACGCCCCAGAAGAGCGGCGGUCUGUUCGGCAGCGGGUUUGGCCUCUCGCUGACCGACUCAGCAAAGGAAACGCCGGUCGACCAGAAGGACGAGGCUAUGGACGUUCCUACGCCGUCGGCGCCGACCCCGGCGGCAACAGAGGCGAAGCCAACUGCUGGUCUUUUUGAAUCAACGACCCCGACGACGACACCGGCGCCUGCUGGGCGCUUCUUCGACCCUGUUACAAGUAACGACAGCCCGGCACCAACGUCUCUUUUCGGGAAACCCUCGACUGGCGCAACCACUGGAACGACGUCUCUUUUUGGUAUGCCCUCGGGGACGACAGCGGGUACGGCGACGAGCACGUCAUCGAUGUUUGGCAAGCCGUCGGGAGAAACGUCAACUGCUCCGUCGCUUUUCAGCAAACCGGCGGAAGGCUCGGCUACCCCGGCCUCGUCUAUCUUCAGUAAGCCCUCGGGGGCUGCACCGGCACCAUCGCUGUUCGGAAAGCCUUCUGGGUCAACUGCUCCUACCACUACUGGUCUCUUCGCUCAACCCGCUGGCGCUGGCACAGGCCUCUUUGGCGGUUUCACCAAGCCUGCACAGCAAAUCAAGAAAGAAGAUGAUCACAAAGCCAGCGCCCCCGACGAUUCAGCGGCUGCAAAGGCGGCCGAAAGCAAGCCACUGCCAGAACAGAACGCGCCUCUACCCCCCGAUACUAUCAGUAAGGACCCUUACCCACUCGGGGAGUCAUCGUCUUCCUCCGGCGCAUCCUCUAUCCAGUCUACACAACCUGCACAAUCUCCUCCCGCACAGGUCACCCAAUUUUCGUCUAACAAAGCUGCAGAAGAAGAAGACGCACCCCUGCCGCCCCUGCCGCCCAACCCGUUCUCUUCCAAGGCAAAGAAGUUGAGCAGCCUUGCAGAGCCGCCACUCCCGCCAUUGCCUCCUAACCCGUUCUCUACGAAGCCAAAGGCGAAGGAGCCGGCCGAGCCGCCUCUGCCGCCAGAACCGUUCACGAAGCCACAGGCACAGACUGAGACGGGGAAGCCUGUACCUGCUGCGGGUAUCCCCGAAGAUGCACCGCUGCCUCCAGAUCCAUUUACCAGCAAGGCCAAGGCGACGUCCAAAGCCGACAAACCACCAGCUGGCACUUCUAGCUUGUUCAGCGAUAGCCUCAACAAGGCCAAAGAAGCACCCAAGGCCGAAAAGACGUCAGCGGGCACUUCCAGCUUGUUUAGCAACCUGAAGCCUUCCGCAUUUGACUCUUCCAAAUCUAUUUUCUCGUCUGUUUCAACUAUGAAGAAUGAACCCGGACUGAACAACCCAUUUGCCAACCUGAAGCCACCCCCUUCGCCCACUACAGAUGGGUCGGAAGAGGAUGACGAAGAGGAAGAUGAGUCCGAAGAAGAUGUUGAAGAAGGGGACAAGGAUGAGGAAGAAGACGAGGAGGAUGCGCCCGAGGAAGAAGACAACGAGGACGAAGAGGGUAGCGGCACGGAUGUGGGCAAAGACCUGAGCCGCUCUACGACGGGCUUUGUUCAGACCCCGAGCUUCACAACACAUGGCUCGUUCACCACUGUUGGUGCCAACGAUGCCGGUGGCAGCUCAGUGUUCUCGCAGGUCGAAGCGCCAAGAAGUCAGCUCUUUGGGCAACAACCGGCGUUGCGGCCGCGGCACCAGCAAGAUACAAGUCCUCGGUCACCCAGUCCACAACGGCCUCCGGCCAAACCCCAGGCAGCCGGUGUCAGUGGUCGUCUGUUCCGCGAAGAUUCUCAGCGGUCCUUCAGUGCCCCAGGUAUGGCGUCGCAACUUCUGCGUGACUCGUCCCGCCAGGGCCGGCUGCCGGCUGCGGGUCCCUCUGCAGCGCAAGGCUUCGGCGGUGGCGGCAACCACUUUGCGAACCGGCGUGUGCCCCGUGACUCCAAUCUCGAGGAGCAGCGCAAGGUGGACGAGGCACGUGCUGCAGCAGAGGCCAAGGAACUCGCGCAGGAAGACAGCUACGAUGUCAUGGACAGAGAGCUUGACCAGCCGUUGGCCCCAACGCGCCAGCUGGCCGAAUGCCUGUACAUCCUCGACUCGGACAUUUCUGGCGGCGACACAGUAGCGUCCCAGGUGGAGGCCGUGUACCGCGACAUCAACCGCAUGAUCCUGGUCCUCAAGCUGAACGGCCGCAACAUUGAUGCGUUCCUUCGUGGCCACUCGCAGGUCGACCGUAAGACGGAAGAAGACCUCGACGACGCUGAUGGCUGGGUUCUGUGCGAUGUUGACGCCCUUGGAGCCAUCGUCAGCCGCGAUCUUCCGAGCAAGCUCCGGCAGUCGCGCGUCAAGGGCGAGAGCGAGAUCCUUGCCGACUCCGAGGCCCUGCUCAAAGACGCCAGCCGGCUGCAGGUGAUGCACGACGACAUGGUGCGGAUUAUCCAGUCGCAAGCCAGUCCAGACCAGGUUACUGCUGCCCGCUCGUUGCCGUUGAGUGCCGAACAGGCCACGCAGCAGAAUGAUCUGCGCCGAACAUUCACGAAGUUCACGGAGCGCUUGGUCGAAGCCGAACAGCAGCUGGUGCUGCUGCGCACCAAGAUUUCAGCCCUUACCGCGGCGAUCGGUGGGUCCAAUGGCGCGAACGGACGGGGCUCGCCAGUUCCGACCGUUGAUGCCGUCAUGCGGACAAUUGCCCGAAUGACGGCUAUGGCGGAAAAACGCAGUGGUGACAUUGAUGUGCUGGAGGCCCAGAUCCGCAAGCUGAACCUCAAUCCGCGCAGCCGUGAGGGCUCACCGUUCUCGACACCGCAGAAGCAAAAGCAGAAGCGGUCGUCGCUCAUCUUUGCGCCCGGUAGCGCACACCGGUCGACACACCGGUCGUCGGCGAUCUUCUCGUCCCCCGGCCUGUCGGCCCAGGGCACGCCGACACGGAAAAAGCUGACGGGCUAUACGGAUAUGGAGAAGGACCAGCUGCGGCAGAAGCGGGCCAGCAGACAGCGGACGCUCGACCGGCUGCAGAAGAUUCAGCAGGCGGAAGGUCCGCGCUACAUGCCGAUAGAUGAGUAG